UCAAUCCUCCAUUUUCCAACACAGAGCGGCGGCAGUGCUAACCGAGCUCCGGCAGCGAGAGCGACCACAGAGCCACCCCUCUACCUGGAGAGGAAGCCAGGGACCGGGGGCAGACAUGGCAGCGAACAUGUACCGGGUUGGAGAUUAUGUUUAUUUUGAGAACUCGUCCAGUAACCCACUGCUGAUCAGGAGGAUAGAGGAGCUGAACAAGACAGCCAAUGGGAACGUGGAGGCCAAAGUGGUGUGUUUUUACCGGCGGAGGGACAUCUCCAGCACACUCAUCGCCCUGGCAGACAAACAUGCAAGGGAGCUGGAAGAGGAGAUGGAGAACCCAGAGAUGGCCGACCUCCCCGAGAAACAGAAACACCAGCUCAGACACAGAGAGCUUUUCUUGUCUCGCCAACUGGAGUCUUUACCUGCCACACACAUCAGGGGAAAAUGCUGUGUGACACUGCUGAACGAGACCGAAGCUCUGAAGUCAUACCUGGAAAGAGAGGAUGCCUUCUUCUACUCACUGGUGUAUGACCCUCAGCAAAAGACACUGCUGGCCGAUAAGGGGGAGAUCCGCGUUGGGAACAAGUACCAGGCCGACAUCACCGACCUCCUGAACGAAGGUGAGGGUGACGGCAGAGAACUGGAGAAACUAGAGGAGAAGAUCUGGGACCCCAACAGCUCGCUGACGGAGAAACAGAUCGACCAGUUCUUAGUCGUUGCUCGGUCGGUGGGCACGUUCGCCAGAGCUCUGGACUGCAGUAGUUCUGUGCGACAGCCCAGCCUUCACAUGAGCGCUGCUGCAGCCUCCAGGGACAUCACCUUGUUUCACGCCAUGGACACCCUCCACGCCACGGGCUAUGACAUGACCCGAGCCAUCGCGGCGCUGGUGCCCCAGGGCGGGCCCGUCCUCUGCAGGGACGAGAUGGAGGAGUGGAGCGCCUCAGAGGCCAACCUGUUCGAGGAGGCGCUGGAGAAAUACGGCAAAGAUUUCACCGACAUCCAGCAGGAUUUUUUGCCCUGGAAGUCCCUGACAAGUAUUAUCGAGUAUUACUACAUGUGGAAGACCACAGACAGAUAUGUACAACAGAAACGAUUAAAAGCAGCCGAGGCUGAGAGCAAGUUGAAGCAGGUCUACAUCCCUAACUAUAACAAGCCAAACCCUAACCAACUGAGUAACAACGUGAAGCCAGCUCUGGUGAACGGAGUGGCGGGUGCAGUCGUCCCGGGGCCUCCGGGCACAGGACAGACCCCCGCCCUGGGCAGAGCCUGUGAAAGCUGCUACACCAGCAGCUCCUACCAGUGGUACUCAUGGGGACCUCCCAACAUGCAGUGUCGCUUGUGCGCCUCCUGCUGGACCUACUGGAAGAAGUACGGAGGGCUGAAGAUGCCCACGAGGCUGGACGGAGAGCGGCCCGGACCCAACCGCAGCAGCUUGAGCCCCCACGGUUUGCCCCUGCGCCACAGCGGCAGCCCCAAGUUUGCGGUGAAGACACGACAGGCCUUUUACCUGCAGACCACCACGGUGACGCGCAUGACUCGCCGCCUCUGCCAGGACAUCAUCAGACCGCGACACCUGGCCCGGCAUCCGUACCUCCCUGUCAACACAGCAGCCAUCAAGGCAGAAUGUGCUCUGCGGGUGCCCGAUCAGCCAAAAAAGCCGGUGUCACUGAAACCCGUGGACCGUAAACCUCUGGAGUCUGUGGUUCGGUAUUUAGAAGCCCAUCCCUGUCCAGUGAAGCCCAACCCUCCCACACGAGGAUGCUCCAUCUCUACAGGCAGCCUGACGCCCAUUAAAUCCUCUCCCAUCCUCAACAAUGGCUCCCCCACCAUCUUAGGCAAGCGCACCUAUGAACAGCACAACGGACUGGACAGCUCCAAGUCCAAAGUCCUGGCCCCGCAGUGGGACAUCAUGGCCAAGCGGAUGAGCGAGGUGGCGCGGCCAUCGGCCUCGCUGCAGGACGAGAUCCACGAACUGGACUGAAGCAUCUGUGGGAGACCGGCGGAACCACAGAGAGAGGAGGGUGGAGCCACAGACGAGGGCAGCUGAGAGGCGUCGACGACAACAUCGGCCACUUUUUCUUCAGCAGGCGCUCGCGACGGCUGAGAAUCCAGUCGCUAAUCGAUCACUUUAGCCGUGAUCCGUCAGAAGACUGACUGUACAGGACUGUGUUUAUUACUUACAUUUCUUGUUAUUACUGUCAUUGUAAUUAUUGUUAUUGUUAUUAUUAUAAUUUUUUUUUUUCUUGUUUGUUUUUCUAUAACUCAACUUGUUUGUCGAUCAAACGAUGGAACUUUUAAAGUUUCAUGAAAACAAAAAAAAUAAUGCUUGCAAAAACCCUGUGGAAAGGGGUGGAAGGACUGUAACAUAACGCCACUCGCAUCUUCUGUGUUUGUUUGUUUUUUGUUUUCUUUAACAAUUUGAAAAACUUCAACGAGGAGACGCACUUUCAUUUCAGUGAUCCAUGUUAACUCCUUGUCUUUUGGUUUCAUGAAAUUUAAACGCUUUACGGGGAAAUCUUAGGUUUUGUGAGGCGGCCACGCUCUUCGGCCAGAGAGGUUUAAAUUAUUGAGAAAGACUCGCUGUUUUUUCUACCUUUUUCACAAGUAAUGCAUCUAUGCUUCGAUGAUGUAAUUAAAAAAGACAAUUGAUUUUC